CAGCCGAAGGCGCCAAGAGGAAACUCGGGCAAAGAUCUUUGCUGGCGGGAGAAGCGCGCGCGGCUCCGGGUCUAAACGCGGCGCCAGACUCCAGGCUGAGAGGGAGACGGAGACGGAGACAGCGCGGAGACGGUCUAACAAUGACUACAAAUAUAAAACACAGAUUUGAAGCUGAUAACCCCACACCAACAGUAAAGAGCUUCGCCAGUGGAGUUGCCGGUAAUAUGUCACUGAGACGAACAUUACAAGUAAUUCAACCUGUUGCUACUUCAAAUCAACUUGUUGGCAGGAUAAAUGAGUCCCACAAGCAGUCUCCUAAACGAAAGCACAGGAAUGAUGAUCAACCAAAGAGCUGCAAAAAAUCACGCACACAGAUUCCUCAAGACAACACCGAGUGCAAUAACGAGAACUUGGGAAUUGAUAGUAUGACAAAAGAAGCUUACCAACUACUUGUUAAAUCAAAACCUAGUUCUCAGUACUGGAAGGAGCUGGCAGAAGAGCGGAGAAAAGCCCUUUUCCAGGUUUUGCAAGAAAAUGAGAGGCUACACAAAGAAAUAGAACUUAAAGAUGAAGACAUUUUGAAGUUGCAGAAAGAGAACCAAGAGUUAAUGGAGUUAGCAGAACAUGUGCAGUACAUGGCUGAUAUGAUUGAGAAACUGACUGGACAGAGUGCUGAUGAAUUGGGGCUGGAGUCUGAACAAGAAGGUGAGGAAGAACACAGUGCUGAAGAGUUGAAGCUUAAUUUGCAACAGGAAGCAGAGUCCAAGCUGACAGCACAGGCUUUGGAAGAUGAAUCUGAUGAAUGUUCUGCUUUGGAAGAUGAAUCUGAUGAAUGUUCUGAGAGUGAGGAAGAUUAGGCACAAUCAUUUACUUGACACUUAAGCUGCUGACACCAAAUGGGAGAGAUUUUAUUCUCCUUGUAGUUCAGGAGAACAACUCCAGUGAUGCUGCAAUGAACAAUGCCAGUUGCAAGAACUACCAUUCUUGUCAUCUCAUGUACCAGUAAUUGUGUGGGAAAUGUUGUUCUGUUGAUUGUAUGGAUGUUACCUUUGUAACAAUGUAAUUACUCUAUGUGAUGGACAGGGUUAUUAAAUCUGCCUUUGGUAUGUAAAUGCAUUCCAAGAAGGUUAUAUAUUUAAGAACUUGUGCUUUUAGUUGACAUUUUAGUAUGUACACUAUAAUAAAUAACUUUUGUAAAGUUUUUUUUAUUUUGCCUUUGGUAUUUGGUGGUAAAUUUCCUAAUUGGCAGCCUGCAAGUCAUUUAUCACUUUCCCAAAAGCUUUGUUUGUUCUUGUGUCCAAGAUUUUAAAGCAGUUGAGGGAAUGCUUGUUUUCAAAUAUGUAAAUAAUGAACCAUGUCCAAUGUGCUGCAUAUAAUUGGCAUUAUUUUUAAAAGUGAAUUGAUUUUAUAAAUCUUAUAGGGAGGAAUUUAUGUGACAUUUGUAUCGAUUGUUAACAGUCAAUUCGAAAAGGAGGAGUAAAUUUAGGUAGGCAGGUUAAGAUAGAGGCAGAAAAGUCUAAUGGUGAAGUAGGUAAAAGCAGUCUACAGAUGCUAGUAUUUAAAUUUGCAAUAUAAAACUGGGCAUUUUUCAAUGUUUUGAAAGAUCAGCGUUUCAAAUGGUUUGGUUAUCACUCACUGAUAGUGACUUUUUGGCUUGUUUCAGUCUCAUUCAGUUGGUAGAAGUUUAAGAUCAUGGGUGCAAACUCGGUACAUGGGGAGUGUGAAUCAUCAAUUGCCCUUGAAUGCUUUAGCUGUCCGUAUAUUAGGGGAAUUAACCUAACUGAAGAUGAGCCGUUCUGUCUCAUUAAUGCUCCCCACUAGAUUCAGUUCAAUUAUGUAUUUGCAACUCACCAGUGUAUAUUAAUGUCAGUUUUCCAAUUCGGGUUCUUCCAGCUUUGCCUCAUCAAUUCAGUUCUGAGGCUUUAUGUAAUUUGAUAUUAAAUUACAUUCAAAAUAUCAAUGAUCUGUAUUUUGUUCACAUUGAUUUACUUUCCUCUUUUUAAAAGAACAAGAUGGCAUAAAGCAUUGAAGGCAUGGCUGUUUAUUGGGCAACAUUUUUUUGGGGUGCAAUAGAUUUGUGUACACAAUGCCACAGUUGGAGAAUGACUGGCAGGAUUAAAAUGACAUCUGUCCUUUAGAUGAGAAUAGCUUGUACCAGGGUGCAAUCUAAAUAAAAGCAUUCAGAUAUACCAUUAAAGUUUGCAGAAUGUGAUUGGUUUAUUUACCAUGCAUAUGAUGAUAUAUUGGUUCAGAUUGAAUUUUCUUUAUGCCUUGUUUUAUAAUAACCGUCUACUCUGGCAACAUUCAGUUAAUUUUAAGUUUUAGUGCUAUUAAGUCACUGUUAACUUUUGAUUUGGUAAAAUACAAGUGUUAAAUAGUCUUCACAGUGAAAUCAAACUGGAAUUUUUAAAUGUUAUGACUAUUUAAUUGCUAUAAUAUAAACUUGGCUUUCCUCCUUUUACCCAGAAA